AUGUCGGGGGAGACUAGAACCAAAGGAACAGAAAAUUGUCCAGUUAUACGCUCACAGCAGCAGAGGCCACAGAGGUGCCGUAAUGAAAGGUCCCAACGUGCAGAGGAAUUUCGGAAGCGUCGAGCCAAGAAAAAUGAGGGAGACCCAGAUAUCGUAAAAUCUCCCAGUGACCAUAAGGAAUACAGGUACAUCAAUUUAAAAAAUGGCAUGAAUGUGCUGUUGAUUUCUGACUGGACCAUUGAUGAUUGCACUUCUUCUGAUGAAUCGGACACUGAACUAGAGGAUCUCCUAAUAUCGUCUGGAACAGAUGAGGAAGAAAAUCUUGCUACAAAAAUUCGAGAAAUGGAGAGAAAUGAUCGGAAUAUCAAGGAAUCUGAGGAUGGAUCUCUGGAUGGUGAAGUUGGAAGUGAAGGAAGUGGUGGUUUUGGAAGUGAUAGUAUUGUCGAAGUUGAUCCUGAGGUGAGGGAAGAUCAUGAUGACCCUGAAAUAUAUGAAGAAUUGGUGAAACAAGAAGAUGAAAAUAAGAUGGGCAGUACAGAAAAGCAGGCUGCAGCUGCCCUGGCUAUUGGUGUUGGGAGUUUCUGUGACCCUGAUGAUUUACCUGGAUUAGCUCAUUUUUUGGAGCAUAGAGAACUAGAAUUAUUGCAGAAGAAACUUAAGGAAUGGGUGGCUGUAGAGAGUGAUUCUCAACAGCCACAUCUAAGAACAAAAGUCAUAGAAAUGGUCAAAAUAGCUGCAGACAGUCUUGAAGACUUAGGAGCUACUGUGACACUUAGUGAAAUGGGCAUCCAACAGCUGUCUGAUGCUCAGAAUAUUCCAUUACCUCCAGUCAUUCUGGCAAAGUUGGGAGAUGAUACACAGAAACCAACUGUAUGUUUUUAUGGACAUGUGGAUGUGAUGCCAGCUAAAAGUCAAGAUGGAUGGAAAACCCAUCCUUUCGGUUUAACAGAAAUUGAUGGAAAUCUGUAUGGGCGUGGAGCAACUGAUAACAAAGGACCUGUCUUAGCCUGGAUAAAUGCUGUGAACGCAUUCAAAGCACUAAACAUAGAUUUACCAGUAAACAUCAAAUUUCUUAUUGAAGGCAUGGAAGAAGCAGGAUCCAUUGGACUGGAAAAAUUGGUUGAAAAAGAAAAUGAAAGAUUUUUUUCCAGUGUUGACUAUAUUUUGAUUUCAGAUAAUACCUGGCUUUCCAGAACAAAACCAGCUCUUACAUAUGGAGCCAGGGGAAAUGCCUGUUUCUCAGUGGAGGUAGAAGGUGGUGAAAAAGAUCUUCAUUCCGGAAGUGCGGGUGGCAUCAUCCAUGAGCCCAUGUCUGAUUUGGUAGCUCUACUUGACAGUCUCAUGAAUUCAUCUGGACUUAUUCUGAUCCCUGGAAUAUAUGAUGAUGUGGCCCCGUUUACAGAAGAGGAGAAAAAACAGUAUGAGUUGAUAGAAUUUGAUGUGGAAGAACAUAAAUCAAAUCUUGGAGUACAGGAAUUCCUUUACGAUACCAAGGAGAAAAUACUCUCACAUAUGUGGCGCCUGCCAUCUCUCUCUAUUCAUGGGAUAGAGGGAGCUUUUUACGAACCAGGUAUCAAAACAGUUAUACCAUCAAAAGUCAUAGGAAAGUUUUCGAUCCGGCAAGUCCCCCAUAUGGACCUGUCUAAAGUGGAACACCAGGUGAAAAAACAUUUAGAAGAUGUAUUCUCUAAUCGAAGAAGUCCAAAUAAGUUGACGGUGUCUAUGCUAAUGGGUGCAGUGCCUUGGAUUGCUAAUAUUAAUGAUCCUCAGUAUACAGCUGCUAGAAAGGCAAUCAGAAAAGUGUUUAAUCAAGAUCCAGAUAUGAUUCGGGAUGGAUCAACAAUUCCAAUUGCCAGAGUGUUCCAGAAUAUAACAAGGAAGAGUGUGAUGAUGCUUCCAAUUGGUGCAAUGGAUGAUGGGGAACAUUCCCAGAAAGAGAAAAUAAGCAGAUUUAACUAUAUCAAUGGAACGAAGAUGUUUGCCUCCUUUUUACUGGAGAUUUCAAAACUUCAGGCUUCCAAGUGGAAACAGUGAUGAUGGCCCAUAAAACUACAGUCCUAUUGUUUUCAUUUAUGUCUUAUGCACGGCUGCAGUUCCCAAUGCAUAUGGUGAUGCUGUAUGAAUUCUUCCAGAAAUAUAUUUUCAGACUUACAUAUUCUUAUGACACGUAGCUAAGUAUUUCUUUCUCAUUUGCUUUUUGUCCCUUAAAUGCAGGGAUGGGUUUCAACCGGUUCGCGGUGGUCCCUGUGAACCGGUUGGUCGGCGAACCCGGAAGUAAGUAAUU